GACAGCACAGUUUAAUUCACCAACUCGGGUAUAAAAGUAAGAGUGAGAGCUGGCAGGAGAACAGAACUGUGUAGACCCAAGAGCAGCAAAGUAGCUCAAGAAACAAAGUAAAAAUGAGUUCUUCUGGAAUGCACAUGUGCAAAGCUAUCUUCUAUGAGGACAGGAACUUUCAGGGUCGCUCUUACGAGUGUAAUAGCGACUGUCCUGACAUGUCCCCAUAUCUGAGCCGCUGUCACUCCUGUAGAGUAGAGAGCGGAUGCUUCAUGAUGUACGACCGUCCCAACUACAUGGGAAACCAGUAUUUCUUUAAGAGGGGCGAGUACGCCGAUUACAUGUCUAUGUUUGGCAUGAGUGACUGCAUCAGGUCCUGCCGCAUGAUCCCCAUGUACCGUGGACCCUUCAGAAUGAGGAUCUAUGAGAGGGAGAACUUCAUGGGUCAGAUGUACGAGAUGAUGGAUGACUGUGACAACAUCAUGGACCGCUACCGCAUGUCUCAGUGUCAGUCCUGUCAUGUGAUGGACGGUCACUGGCUCAUGUAUGAGCAGCCUCACUACAGAGGCAGGAUGUGGUACGCAAGGCCUGGAGAGUACAGGAGCUUCAGCAAUAUGGGUGGCAUGAGAUUCAUGAGCAUGAGGCGUAUCAUUGAUUCCUAUUAUUAAAAUGUAUGUUUAGUACCUCAAAAUUUGUUUUGUGAAGAAACUGGUGUAACUUGGCAAUAAAGCAUCUUUAAACUAAGCUCUAAAAAUGCCUUUGCUUAG